AAAAAAAAAACAUCGACAAGCUUUUUCACGGGUUAAACUCGAGUUGCUCAUAGGAAACCCCCCCGUACUCUUUUCUCCAUCAACAAGCCCGAAAUGCCUCACGCGAUGGCACUGCCCACUUGCAGCACCGUAUGCUCAGUAGCACGAGCGAACAUGAAAGCCAAGGGGAAGCAAAGCCCUAGCAGUGUUGGCUUCGGCAGCCGGAGGAAAGAGCCGUUGUGGCGGUGCGUGGAGGGCUGUGGGGCCUGCUGCAAGCUCGACAAGGGUCCUUCCUUUCCCACCCCUGAGGAAAUCUUCACUGACCCUCGUGACGUUGAGCUUUACAGAAGCUUAAUGGGUCCAGAUGGAUGGUGUAUAAACUUUGAUAAAGGAACUCGUACCUGCUCCAUUUAUAAUGAUCGUCCAUAUUUUUGUCGUGUGGAGCCAGAGGUAUUCCAAUCAUUGUUUGGAAUUAAAAAGAAGAAAUUUAACAAAGAGGCGUGCAGUUUUUGUAGAGAUACCAUCAAAGAAAUUUAUGGCUCCCAAUCAAAGGAGUUGGAUAACUUCAACCAUUCAAUAAAGAGCUCCGGUUUUAGUUAGAUCAUUUUGCACUUCGUUGCUCAAAAUGCCUUAGGGAUUGAAUGUCAUCCUCUCCCUUCUGGUAAGGAAAAGUCUUGCAAGCAUAAAAAGAAAACGUGGAAGGCUUCUAAUGCUCCAAGCAUGGAGGGCAACUGCUUGGGAACAAUGGUCUAGAUGGUAUUGUAGCUUUUUGAUGAGCAAGGAAAACUUAAAAUUCACCUUUGAAAACAUUUUCAUCCUCUCCCUCCUUGAGCCCUUCACAAGCAAGAUUGCCAUAAUAUCUGUGAAAAGUGGCCAAUACCUGGACUCCGUUAACUAGAUUGAUCAAGAGACUGAGGCGAAAUAUGUCCUCAAUCAUGAUUAUUAAAAAUACCAAUCACAUACAAACUUUAUUGCAGUUUUUCUACUCGUUUUUAUGUUUCCACUUUCCAGUAAUGUAUCUGAGAGACAAAUUCAAUGAAGUUCAUCUGUAUAUUUUCUCAGAA